AUGUCUUUGUUCAACAUGACUCCCCGGCCCCAGGACGACUCUCAAUUUGCUUCAAUAUCGUAUAAUGGUGACUACACGCAGUCGCGGCGCUGUGGUGCUGGAAAGAACGGUUCUGCAACUCCAGAGAGACCACAUCGCCUUGGAGCACCAACCACCUUUUCUCAGUUGGGUUCUUCAGCACAACAUCAUCUUCUGCUCGAUACUCAGUGUCUCAAAUGCCACCUAAAGCGUCUGGUACAGCAAAUACUGGGGACCCAACGCCAUGUACCCAUUCCGCAUAACAAUAUUUUGAAAGGCAUUGCGCACAUGUCGCACCAGUCACCGUUCUUUGAACUUGGUCAGCAAGAACUUGCGAAUCCCUUCUACGACUCGAUCACUGACACGCUGAGGGAGAACCUAGAUCUUGGUAUUGUUCCGAGGCAUAUGGACAUCGCUGAGACCAUACUUGGCGCACUACAGCAUGGUGUGAAACGACCUCCGUUGCGAGCGAUGCGAGAGCAAUCAGACGAAGACUCGGUGGAUAGAGAUCGUCGCUGCACCGAGAACAUUGCGUAUACAACUUCAAGUCUUGUUAUACAACCAGAAGAUCUUUAA